AUGCAGCGCUUUGUGCAGUCACAACAUGUUUUUGGUAUAUGGAAACCAGGCCUUUGGUGUUGCCUCCGGGAGCAUGCUCGCUGGUUUGCAGCAGCAGCAGGGCCUCCCAGCCAGAAGCGGAAGCUGCUUGCGGACGGACCCACGCUUGCGGACUUUUUGGUGAGUACCUCCGGAGAUCACACCGGGUCAUCAGUGCUCUCGAAGAGUGGCACUCCGACAAGGUUGCUCGAAAGGCAGAUAGAUUCCCGUCGGAAGCGACCUACCGUAGGGGCAUCAGCGAGUGUCGUUGAGGCGUUGCGUGCUUUGGAUGCAGAUCUCGCAGAGACCCCGCCCGCCCCGUACAAGGUUUUCAUCGAGACUUACGGUUGUGCGAUGAAUACAUCUGAUUCAGAGAUUGUAGCGUCUAUUUUGGCUGCACGUCCGGACUGGUUUCAGCUACUCAAUGGUCCUUCGGCUUCUCCGGACGAGGCGGAUGUCGUGUUGAUCAACUCGUGCGCGAUUCGAGACAAACCCGAGGUCCGUGUGCUUCAAAGACUUUCAAUGCUUCGAGCGGCAGAGCGCGGUCGAGGCCAGCGUGCGCCGCGACGCAUUCUUGGCCUUCUUGGUUGCAUGGCGGAGCGUCUCAAGACACGGUUGCUGGAUGAGAUGCCUUCGAAACGCCUAGUUGACCUAGUCGUCGGACCCGACAGCUACCGCGACCUCCCUCUGCUGCUGCAGGGCCUCGUGCGUACGACGGAUCUGCAGCGCUUUGCCUAUCAUGUACAGCUUUCACUUGAGGAGACGUAUGCAGAUAUAGCGCCUCUACGGGACCAUGGACUGAUCACAGCAUACGUGAGUAUCAUGCGUGGGUGUAAUAACCACUGCGCAUUCUGUGUUGUGCCGCAGACGCGUGGCCCGGAGCGCUCGCGAGAGCCUGCGAGCAUCUGGAACGAGAUCGAAAGUCUGGGUAACGAAGGCUUCAAAGAAGUUGUUCUCUUGGGGCAAAACGUGAAUAGCUAUUGCUACCAGAGCGACCAUCCGUAUCCAAAGGUCACCAAAUUUGCGGAUCUCCUGGAAGGUGUUUGUGAGAUUGCUGAGCGCCACUCGAUGCGUGUACGUUACACUUCGCCACAUCCGAAGGAUUUUCCUCACGAGGUGCUGAGACUCUAUACAAGAUACGCACCUGGAACUCUUUGCCGUCAGAUCCAUGUUCCCAUGCAGUCCGGAAGCUCCGAAGUGCUGCGCCGAAUGCGUCGCGGCUAUACACGCGAGGAGUAUCUUGCACUCGUGGCGCGCAUUCGAGAUACAGUCGGUGCAGAUGUUGCGCUCUCUACUGAUAUUAUCAGCGGAUUCUGUGGGGAGACUGAAGCAGAGCACGCGGAGACGAUUUCGCUUAUGGAGCAAGUGCGCUUCGAUCAGGCAUUCAUGUUCGCAUACAGUGAACGCGAGCGCACGAUUGCGGCUCGCCUGUACGCCGAUGACAUUCCAAAGGAGGUGAAACUCCGUCGACUUGGCGAAAUCAUUUCGACGCAACUCAAGAUCAGUGCAGAACGGGCACGAGCGAUGGUCGGCACCGAACAGCGCGUGCUGGUUGAAGAGGUCGUUCACGCGAACGAGCGGCAACGACUAGACUCGGAGAUUAGCGGGAAGCAAGCCACUCCUGCCUGGAUCGCCCGGACCGAGAGCAAUCGCCGUGUUUGGAUACCAUUCUCGGAAAAGCACACUGUCGAAGGACCCGGCCCAAUGCACAAGCAUCGACAACCCUGCAUUGGCGAUUAUGUUGAGGUAUCCAUCACCGGGGUGAGCGGCAAUCGACUCAUUGGUGAGAUUGUAAACUGA